AUGAAAUGUUCAGAGUGCAAAAUUGAAAAGUUAACAAAAGAAUUCCCACCAACAACUAUUACCGAAAGAUGCGAGCAUAUAUCCACUUCGUGUUUGCGGUGUCUCAUCACAAAAAUCGAGAAACAGACAAAAGAACCGCAAAACAAUCCAAGUAGUUCCUCCCAAUCUUCGGGAAAUUCUGGAAUUCGUUGUGAAAAAUGCGAAUCUCCAAUGAGCGAAGAAAGUGCCCAAGAGGGCGGAUAUAUAUAUGUGGUGCUAUUGAAUGGACAUAGAAUUAGAUUGGAACUGGCAAAAGUUACUACGGUACCCGCGUUACGAAGACAGAUUCAAGAGUUUCUUAAUGAUAUUCAACCAGAUACUCGUCAAGCAAGCAAAUUAUCAGAGUAUGGUAUUCGUAACAAUAGCUACAUACAACUUAUUGUUGUUCUUUAUUCCAUUACCAAAGCAGAGGCUUUAAAAUCUUUGAUAUUUGACUUGAAUUGGGGCUUUCCAGCAAGAGGUCAAGACUAUCUUGAUGGUACAUGCAUAGUCUACGGUGGGGAUGAACCUAUCAAGAAAUAUGACUAUAUGUCUAUUUAUUAUCCGAAAUUUCCACACGUGAAACAUUCUGGUGAUGUUAUGGAUACUGCACAAAAAAGAGGAAGCCACCAAAUCACCGCGAAACUCGAUGAGCUUCCCGAGUAUGUCACGCAUCUUUACUUUAUUUUAAGUGCAUUUCAAUCGAAUACGAUCGGCGAGUUUAAUACGCCUAGGUUUAAAUUGUAUGAAGAAUCGUUACCAGAUACACAACUGUGUUCUUACGUUCUUGAGGAAGCCGCUAAUUCUCAAGCGGUAAUAAUGUGUUGCGUGACGCGUGUAGCGAAUGGAAUGUGGCAGGUAAUCGAAGUUGGUAAACCAACGAUUGGCAAUGCUAACGAUUAUGAUCCGAUUAUGAUUGCUAUUGCAGAAGCAGGAUUGUUCUAG